CCUUUUUCUACACGAAACGAGUUCCGGACCGGUUGUGCAUAUCUGGGCGUGCUGAUCCAUUCAUCCUUCAUCAUGUCGACACCACAGCUGCCAUUCCCAGACCCAGAGAAGAUUUUUACCUCUUGGUGGCCAAUUAUCAUCGGUGUUGCUGUCGGAAUAUUUUAUGCAGCAAGACAAUGGUUGCGUGGUGCACAGUUUGUGGAGGAAGUCAAACUGGAAGGGAAGGUUGUUAUCAUCACUGGGGGCAACUCAGGCAUCGGCAAUGCUGCAGCGUUAUAUAUGGCCAGGAGAGGUGGAAAGGUGAUCAUCGCCUGUCGGGAUGAGGCUCUAGGUCGGGAGGCUGCAGAGGAAAUGAAGACGCUCCACAAGCAGGAAGUGACCGUCAUGAAGUGUGACCUAGCCUCCUUCAAGUCUAUCAGGGAGUUUGUGGAAGCUUUCAAGAAAAAGGAAAAGAAACUGGACAUUUUGAUCAACAAUGCAGGCGUGAUGAUGAGUCCCCAGUCUCUAACAGAGGAAAAGUUUGAUGUGCAAUUUGGUGUCAACUACCUAGGUACAUUCCUGCUGACAGAGUUACUACUGGACCUCUUGAAGGCAUCCGAUGCGGGUCGCAUCGUCAACACUUCAGCAUCUGCGAGUAACCUUGGGGAGAUCAACUUUGAUGACAUCAACAUGACAGAAGACUACAGUCCAGGACAGGCGUACGCUCAGAGUAAACUGGCCGUCAACUUGUACACUCUUCACUUGGCACGUCGGCUUAAAGACACCAAGGUCAUUGUGAAUGUGACCAAUCCUGGAAUUGUCAACACUAAUGGACAUCGUAAUCUCCCCUUCAAGAACAACUCCUUCCUGCGGUUUAGCUUCUCCCCGAUUGUGUGGUUCCUCAUGAAGACACCAUCAGAUGGUGCUCAAACAACACUCCUUUUGGCUUGUUCGAAAUCUAUUGAUGGCGUGUCAGGAAAAUACUACAAAGACUGCACUUUGAGUGAGCUGACUGGCAGGUCCUUGGAUGAAGAGCUGCAAGAGAGGUUACACAAAGAGUCUGUGAAGUGGACGGGUCUUGAGAAGAAGACUAAAUAAAUACUUGUUUUUAUAGUCCAGAUACCGAAACAUCAAAAGAACAUCUUUCACUGAAAGUGGAGUUUAUGAUAAAUUUAUUCUUACUGACCGAACAGAUAGAUAGUUUCAGGAAUUGUUCCUGUUACCUGGUAGUGGCAUUUACAUGUUGGGAAAUGUAGAAUGAUGAUUGUGGAACAGAGUCUGGUAACAAGUCCAGAAUGAAAACAGAAAUUUAGUUCACAUAAGCUAGCAAUUUCUUGUCAGACCGUAGUGUAGGAUGUUUAGUGUUAUGAUUGCACCUGAGACAGGGUGUCAUCUUUGUCGGUUUCACAUGGCCUGAUCAAGUAAUUUUUUCAACAAACAUGAAGAAGGUUUGGAUUUCUGUUUGAACCUACCAGGAUGAAGAAAUGGCUGAAAAGAUCAUUCAUUUGAAUGAGUGCCAUUGCACCAGCAUAGCAACGGAUCAGUCCAUUAAUUGUAGAAGGGGCGCGUCAACUGGAAUUGGGGAGGGUCACAAAAAUUAUGACAGACAGUCUCUUGGAAUGGUUUCACAUUUUUGGGAAGGAUCAUGAAAAAAAAGGUUCGAGUACAUUGGGAAGGUCAUCCAAGAAUAUUUCACACAUUAGAUGAACAGUAUUUUUAAUAAUUUAUCUGACCAAAAUAAUCUCUGACCUACCCUCCAUGUUAUAAAUGACCGGUCGCAAAGCUGUCAUGACAAAUGUUAUGAAGAUUUACAAUUUUUCUUCUUCUGUUACUAUUUCCAUCAGACCGUCCAUUUAUAUAUUAAACUCAGGCUAUGUGGAACAUAAGGGAAAAGAUCUUGUCCUCAGAAUAUUAUAGAGAAGACAUAAGAAGCCGUUGCUCGUAGUAACAACUUCCAUUAGACUCUAUAGAUCAAUAUUUAUUGUCAGACAUGUUCCGUGAUGGUUCAAACAAAGCAAUAACCUUCCCAUA